UGGCGCAACUCAUUCGGUGAUUAGUCUCGCAAAUCGAUCGGUCGACGUCCAUCAUGAGGAUUUUGAUAUUAGCUUCGUUGGCCAUUUUGGCCGCGUCUGCGACGAAAGCUCAGAGUAUCGGGAGCACGGCCGAAGCCCUUCAAAAUAUUUACUACAGGUGCGUGGACAGCGAAUCCAUGUUAUCCUGUGUCAAGCCGAAGGUGCUCGCCUACCUGAGCGAAGCCGUCAAGCAGGAGAGGAUCCCGAUCACGGAGGAUUUGGCCGUAGUGAGGUCGCGUCAGCUGGCCGAGGACGACGCUGAGAUCCAGUACGCGGACUACGCCUCGGUCGAUCCUGCCAGGAGGGAGCUUCUGCGCUCCCUCAUGCUGGAGAAGCUCGACGCCUUCCUCUCGAGUCACCGUCUCGAGGCUAAGCUGCCGGAAGCCAUUGCAGCCUCGAAGAUCGUACCGCGCGCCCUGGUCGACGGCGUCCCUUCCAGUCUGAGCGUCCCCUUGGCCGACUCAACGAGCACCGAGGGCCGUGGAUUCGUCAAGAAGGUCAUGAUUCCGUUCCUGCUGGGCCUGAAGUUCAAGGCGACGGCACUGGUUCCCCUAGCCCUGGCCCUCAUCGCCCUCAAGACUUGGAAGGCUCUUACCCUGGGUCUCCUUUCGCUCGUUCUCAGUGGAGCUAUGCUCAUUUUUAAGUUGACGAAGCCGAAGGUGGCCUACGAGGUCGUUCACUACGGUCACCCUCCCGUUGAGCAUCCGCCCCACUGGGACACUGCCCCUCAAGGACCCUACCGUGCCUACAGAAAGAAGUAGGGCUCCGUUUCGCCAGCAGCCAAAGACAAUUCCAUAUCAGACCUACUUACGUCUAUUUACUAUUUAUUUCAACUGGCAAAUAUUUAUUACAUCGAAUAAAUGUCAUUUUUCAUACACG